UCAUAAUCUGCCCACGGUGAAAUAAUUGGCCAAGAUUAUGAAGCCGAUGCGCGAAUAUGCACGUAUGUGUGCAACGAUUUGGUCAUUUUAGCGCAGCGUUAGAUAGUAGAUCCUGAUUUACAUCUACAUGACGCCCUCAAAUAAAUAAAAGAUUGAACAAUCCGACCAAACAUAAAAGGAAGAAUUCUUCAGGCUGAAUUCCUGGUUUUGGAUAAUACAGGGGCUCUUCCCUUAUAGGUUCGGAGCUAAUAUUUUUAAAUCUGGGACAAACCAUUGUGACGUUUCCCUCCCCACAUUCUAAUUUUAAUGCAUUUCAUUUGAUUGGCCUUUUUUCUCACCUUAAUGUCAUCGCUUUUUUUUCCGACACAAGACCGUGUACAUAAUAGUUCCUGGAAAUGUUGCAUUAUGUAACUGCCGAAUUUGCUGGCAAUGAGUUUAAGAAGAGGGAGCUAAUUACGUGUUUUUAUAAUCUUGCUACAAAGAAAGUAGGACAAUCUCAGCCUUUAAAAUUGUCACUGUAACAGGUUUUUGGUGUGUGUGUGUGUGUGUGUGUCUGUGUGUGUCUGUGUGUGUCUGUGUUUUCUUUCUUCCCCAAGGCUGUUUUAAACGGGAAAGUAGACGACCGGGUAAGCUUUGAGUUCGCUCGCGCUACGGAAUGUCUUUUACCCUAAAUGAAAUGUGCGUUCUUCUAAAUUUAGCUCUUAACUAUCAUUUUAACAAUUGUGGCCUCACGGUGCUAUUUCUGGUGUUUUCUCCAGGGCUGUGUGCAAACGCAAGUUCAAGGCCAUUUGCUGUAGUUUUAACUCCACGCCUUCAGAGACCUUUGAUAAGAUUGUAUUUUUAGGAAGGCAUUUCACAGAGCCUGGUGAUUUGCUGGAUGCUGACUCCAUUUAUCUUUUUAAAGGACACUUUAGGAAACUGCUGUUCCCUGAGAAUCUUCUGUUCUUGGCUUUUGUAAAUAGCAGCAGUGAAUGAGGUCAAACGUAUUUAUUUCACAUCGUAUUUUUCCCCGCUAGACCAGAUAUGAUUUAUAGGAAACAGAUAUAGGUUAGUAGAUUGAAUUUUUGCCCGGAUAGCCUAAACAGUCAAGUGAAACUAUAUGAAUAUGUAAGGUAGCUAGAUAUUAAAUUUCCUCCUGGACUGUUACGUAGUGUAAUUAUGUGUGAAUGUAUGUAUAUGUUGGUGUGGAUAUGGCAGAUUUUUUUUUCUAAUGUAAGAUUUAAAUUGCGAUUUUUUGGGGGGUAUUACAGAGAUUCACUUAUUGAAUGAAGUGUGCUACUCCAAAUAAUUACAUUCCCUUUCCAAGACACUAAUAUUUAUGUAAGUCCCCCCGGUGCCAGACCCUGACCUACUUUGCGAGCUCCGGCGGGGAGUCCCAGGCCCGCAGGGGGCCGCGGAGCGCCACCUUCCGAUCGCGACCUCCAGUCGUGGCCUGUGCUGCCCCCAAGCACCGCUCCCUCCGGGCAGUCUCCGAGGCUGUGGGCGGACUGGGGAAGGGAUUUGUGGGUGGUGGACGAGGGCACCUCGGGGUAGGACCACCGGAGAAGCGCCUCUGAGUUUGGAUUGGAUGGGGGGGGGGCUGGAUCCAGGCCUGCGCUCCUCCUUCGCCCCCCUCCCCACAUUCCUUUGUUCUGGCGCUUGGGGGUCCUUGCGGCGCCGAGGCCCCGCUGCGCCGCCCACCCGCCGGGAUGUGGGUGACGGGGCGACGCCGCCUAGAGGCUGCGCGAGCUCGAUCCCGGCGGGUAACCGGGGGGCGCGGUCCCCGGUGGCCCGGGAGCACUGCGCGCGGAGCCUGGGGAGGAAGGGACGCGGCCGUGGGCACGUCAUGUGGGGUGUGUGCUCCAGCUUCUCUGUGCAAACGAGAGGGGAGGAGAGCAGCAGCGCCCGGAUCGAGGGAGGGAGGAAUGGGGAAGAUUUCGCUUGCCUUGGCUUUUAGGUGCAGCAGCCCGCCCUCUAACGGGGCAAAUCCAGAGGUCUCACUCCACUCCUUUUGUACAGCGAGGUUCUGAUCACCGGCACUCACCUUUGUUCUGGGAAUCUUAAGUGCAUUUCAGAGCCAAGCACUUCUCAAUUUAAAAGGACCCAAGGAAACCUACCGAUCUCAGCAGACCACAGCAAUUGGGAUUGGGGGCGCCAAAUCCCAAUGAUGAUAACUAGAACACACCAACUCCCUCCGAUUAGAAGAGCCCCAGAGAUUUCUCCUGAUCGGUCACACCGAAAGGAAGAUGAUUGAUGGAUUUUAAACCACAGUGUUUAAAGAGCUUGAGAAUACUGGGGAAAUUUUGCUUUUGUCCACCAUCUGUGUAGGUUAAGGUUGUUUCUGAUGCAGCUGAGAAAAAUGCAGACCAUCAAAAAGGAACAGGCCUCUCUAGAUACUGGUAACGGUGUGGACAAAAUGAUGGUACUUAACUCUGCUUUAACUGAAGUAUCCGAUGAUUUGAGUACAAACGAAGACUUACUUCUAAAUGAAGGCAGCAUGGGGAAAAACAAAUCUUCAGCCUGUCGGAGAAAGCGGGAAUUCAUUCCUGAUGAAAAGAAAGAUGCCAUGUAUUGGGAAAAAAGGCGGAAAAAUAACGAAGCCGCCAAAAGAUCUCGGGAGAAACGGCGUCUGAAUGACCUGGUUUUAGAGAACAAACUAAUUGCGCUGGGAGAAGAAAACGCCACUCUAAAAGCCGAACUGCUUUCGCUAAAAUUAAAGUUUGGUUUAAUUAGCUCCACAGCAUAUGCUCAAGAGAUUCAGAAACUCAGUAACUCUACAGCUGUGUACUUUCAAGACUAUCAGACUUCCAAAUCCAACGUUGGCUCAUUUGUGGACGAGCAUGAACCCUCGAUGGUUGCAAGUAGUUGCAUAUCUGUCAUCAAGCACUCGCCACAGAGUUCUCUGUCUGACAUUUCAGAAGUAUCCUCUGUAGACCAUGCUCAGGAGAGUCCUGUUCAGAAUAACUGCACAAGUCCUGAAAACAAGUUCCAAAUCAUAAAACAAGAGCCAGUGGAACUGGAGAACUACACGAGAGAGCCAAGAGAUGACAGAGGCUCUUAUACAGCCUCCAUAUAUCAAAACUAUAUAGGAAAUUCUUUUCCUGGCUACUCCCACUCUCCCCCUCUCUUGCAGGUCAAUCGAUCCUCCAGUAAUUCCCCGAGAACGUCAGAGACGGAUGAUGGUGUCGUUGGAAAAUCGUCUGAUGGAGAAGAUGAGCAGCAGGUACCCAAAGGCCCGAUCCAUUCUCCAGUUGAACUUAAACAUGUACACGCAAUGGUGGUGAAGGUUCCAGAAGUAAAUUCUUCCGCGUUGCCACACAAGCUUCGCAUCAAAGCCAAAGCCAUGCAGAUAAAAGUAGAGGCGUUCGAUAAUGAAUUUGAGGCCACGCAAAAACUUUCCUCGCCCAUUGACAUGACAUCUAAAAGACAUCUGGAACUUGAAAAGCAUAAUGCCCCAAACAUGGUACAUUCUUCUCUCACUCCCUUUUCAGUGCAAGUGACUAACAUUCAAGACUGGUCGCUCAAAUCGGAACACUGGCAUCAAAAAGAGCUUAAUGGCAAAACUCAGAAUAGUUUCAAAACUGGAGCUGUUGAAAUUAAAGACAAUGUCUACAAAGUGUCCGACCCAGAGAAUUUAUAUUUGAAGCAGGGAAUAGCAAACUUAAAUGCAGAAGUUGCAUCACUUAAGAGACUUAUAACUACACAACACAUACCUGCUUCAGACUCUGGGUAAAUUACUACUGAAUGAAAGCUGGGUAUUUAGAAAGAAUGUCCUUUGCAAUAGAUGGGUAUGUUUUGUAUUAUGCUGAAUUUUCACUGGACCUGUGAUGUCAUUUCACUGUAAUGUUCAUAUGUCGUCUCUUUGGUGUCUUUUGUGCACAAAUUAUUAUGAAGAUUAGAUUGUGUUAUCACUAUGCCUUGUGUAUAGCCAAAUAGUCCAUACAAAGGCUGUAUAUAUUGAACAUUAUUUUUGUUGUUCUAUUAUAAAGUGUGCAAGUUACCAGUUUCAAUAAAGGAUUGGUUACAAACACAG